CAGCAUUCGCAAGGAGUGCGCCGACACGCUUCUCCACAUAAAUAUCGCGGUCGCGCUCCGACGGUAGUAACACGGGCCGCGCUAUCAUCAGCUGCUCCGUUGCCUUUAUGACCAGUGCCUUUGAAGUCUUCGCGAGAGAACGUGACAGAACCUUGUGCGCUCGCUUCCAGAGAUCAUAGAUCGUACCACACGUCGUCUAGCGUUCCACGCAGCUUUGCUGGAUCAUCGAUAACACCGCGUCACGAUGUCGCGUACCAUGCUGAAGGAAUCGCCGAACGCGGCCUUAGACAAGGGUUUGCUCAAGAAGUAUUUGGAUCUGCCUCAACGGGAUGAUCAAAUCCAAGCUACGUAUAUUUGGAUCGACGGCACCGGCGAAGGAUUGAGGAACAAGACCAGAACGGUGGAAUUCGUGCCGAAACAUCCGUCAGAGUUACCGAUUUGGACGUACGACGGAAGCUCGACGUACCAGGCGGACGGAGCGAACAGCGACAUUUAUCUGUUCCCCGUGGCGAUCUACAACGACCCGUUCCGCCGCGGCAUGAACAAGCUGGUGCUGUGCGACACUUACAACAGCGACAAGACGCCGACCGCCUCGAACAAGCGCUACAAAUGCAACGAGGCGAUGGAGGCGGUCAAAGACGAGGACCCGUGGUUCGGUAUCGAGCAGGAGUACACCUUCCUGGACACCGACGGCAGGCCCCUUGGCUGGCCGAAGAACGGCUACCCGGGCCCCCAGGGCCCGUAUUACUGCGGCGUCGGCGCCAACAAAGUGAUCGGCCGCGAGAUCGUCGAGGCUCAUUACCGGGCCUGUAUGUACGCGGGCGUGAAAAUGGCCGGGACCAAUGCCGAGGUGAUGCCGUCCCAAUGGGAGUUCCAGGUGGGCCCGUGCAGCGGCAUAUCCGCCGGCGACGAUCUCUGGAUCGCCAGGUUCAUUCUGCACCAGGUCGCCGAGGAGUACGGCGUGAUCGUGACGCUGGACCCGAAGCCCAUGGAGGGCUCGUGGAACGGUGCCGGCGCGCACACCAACUUCUCGACGAAGUCGAUGCGCGCGAAUAACGGAAUCGUGGAGAUCGAAAAAGCGAUCGACAAACUGAGCAAACAACACCUCAGACACAUCCAGGCGUACGACCCGCGCGGAGGGAAGGACAACGAGCGCCGCUUGACCGGGAAAUGCGAGACGAGCAGUAUACACGAUUUCAGCGCCGGCGUUGCGAACCGCAAUGUCAGCAUUCGUAUUCCGCGCGGCGUCGCGGAAGACAGGAAAGGAUACUUGGAGGACAGGAGACCGAGCAGCAACUGCGACCCGUAUGCUGUCACCAAUGCUCUCGUCCGAACCUGCGUUCUGAACGAGUAAACCGCUCGGAACCGACUCAUUGUUCUUCGGUGUCGCGAUUAUGAGGAGCGGAGAUGGGGAGGAUAAGGGCGAAUUAAACUCGUAGAUGGUAGAUAGUGCAAUGGUGAUCGCGUGUAUCUUUACCGAACGUGUUCUCUGUAAUUCGACGACCUGCUUGAUCACAACUCGAAUGAAAUUCGAUAGACGCGAUGAGAGAUCCGAGGGGAAACCCCUUGCUCGGAUACCGUUGAGAAUCGAUUGCUUUCGGGAAAAUAAAAUGCCUUCGCCAGAGGCUCGUGCCUAACAAAAACCGAGUCGUUUGUCGACAGUCUCAGGUCAGCGCAGACGGGAAAAGUAUAGUCUUGUAAAAAGUGGGAGGGAGCGGAACAGGAUUUUCAUGGGUAUAGUUGUUCAGGAAGAUUCGCGAAAUUCGGCGACGUUGGUUGAAACAAACAAAAAUGCGUUCACAAAUACCGGUCGUUAAGGUAAUCGUUCCUGAGAUAUUGAAUGUUUUAAUUUGUAAAUUGAACACCUAGAUAUGCCAUUGGAAUGGUUAAUUAUUGUUGUUGUUAAUGAUUCGUAAAUUUUAUGUAUUUAUGGUGGAUGGUUUGUUUUACACAUGUUUUAUUGCAUUUUUCACACAUGUGAAAAUGUUAAUCGAAUAUCUCAGACACGAUUGGAUCGCUGCUUAUUAUGUCGCCACAGCUUUUUACCUAGCCUUAUGAAGGAUGUUUUUGAACCGAGCAAAUCGAGCGAUCUGCAAUUCGUGUUUUAUACUUUCGAAAGAACCUCUACAUCGUUAAUCGUGUAUGUAAUCGAGUAUAUAGAAAACAGAAACGUUCAGUUUUAGAGUGUACCCCGACGCACGAAGUAGCAUUAACGCUUGUUACAUUUACCCGUCUGAAUUUAAUAACGUUGUAACAACCGGGACAAUAAAGGCAAACGUAUGCCAUUUCGCAGGCGAAAUUAGCAUCACGAACUGUGUUACUUCUUCGAUCGUUCUGCUGUUUGUCGAGAGAAGAAAGAAGAGAUUGCACGUGCACAACAAAAGCCCGCCAGAUUUCGACAUGCUGCGUUCCUCGAUCCGAUCAACUUGAAAAUAUGUAUAACGGGUUCCGGCUUUAGCUUAGGUACUUGGGCUCCGAAAUUAUCUAUGUAGGGCAUCUUUCGAUGAUUAGCGAGUUUUUAAAGGCAAGCACAAAGAACUUUUGAAAUGUCGUGAUCUCGCGUACCUUAUCUUCACAUUUCUUGUUUCGAUGGUCAAUAGAGACAUUUCAGUCAAAUCAUGGGAUUGGCGAGAAAAAUUAAUAUCGCUUUUGGAUUAGCGGGAAUAUUAGAUAAUUUAUAUUAAAAUAGGUGAAUUUUAUCAAUGAAAGUUGUGGCAUUCGGUCGAAACUGCUCCAUAAUUCAAUUCAUAUGUAGAACGGCAAGAUUGUACAAAAUAAAUUAUUGCCGGAGAUUGUAUCGAUUUAGAGCGGUUUCGAAAUUAGAUAUACUAAUGACACACACAUAAUAUCGAGAAAUCAUAACACAUUCUCACCAAGCUGUGAUCAGGCAUGUACACAUCUACGAAAUUUUCUCUCGUAAAAUGUAAUGGUGUGUCGAAGGAAACAUGCAGGAUAUAGGGCGUAAAAGGUUGUUACAACUGUCAAA